AUGGGUUCCUCACUCGGGAUGGCGGCUUUGGCUGCCAUCUUUGUGACUGCUUUGCUAUCCCUGCAUGGUCCGCUCCACUGGAUAGCCUCGAAGGCCACAGAGGGUGGAUUCAACGCAGAGGACAUUCCGCAGGCCUUCUCUGACAUUCAAGUCAGAGAUCUUGACGGUGUUCUACACACGAUGGGCGAAUACAAAGGAAAGAUUUUGGCUUUUCCCUGUCGGCAAUUCCGUCGCCAAGAGUUCGAAACAAAUGAGGAAAUAAAGCAGUUUGUGGCCAAGUACGGGGUGACCUUUCCAAUGUUCGAGGUUAUCGAGGUGAACGGCCCCCGGACCCACCCUGUUUUUCUGUACAGCAAAUGGCACAGCACAGAGCUGUGGAAGGACGGCGUGCUGCAGGAUAUAGCGUGGAAUUUCGGGAAAUUCCUGCUAGACAAAGAAGAUCGGGUGUUUAAAUACUAUGACCCAUGGACUCGACCGAUGAGCCUUGAAGAAGACAUCAAGAAGCUCCUGGCCGAUGCAGUAACGGGAAAAAGACGUGGAAGCGACGGAGUGCUGAUAGUCUCUUAA